AGAGGUCCUGGCUAACACACCGCCCCUGCGUUUGCAUCGUCGCCGGGUGCCAAAACACACUACUCAUACACGGGCUUUGUGUGAUUCUCGUACGCGACGUCUGCUGCUCUGUCGUGUGUUGCGCAGACUGCAGGGCAGAAAUACCGCUUCGUCUUUUUUUUCAUUGUGUGCAGCAGCCAGGGGGGCGUUGGCAAACACGAACACACACACACACACACACAAGUAGAAAAUACAUAAAACCAGCGCAACAGCUAACGCUGCGAUCUUUGCACAGUCAAUCGCUGCGAUUUAAGGCGGAGGUGGCGGAUUUGACUUCGCUGAAAGCAGUGGUGUUUCAACAAAGAUAAAAAAAGAAGUUAGAAUAGUUGACGAUAGAUUAGAUCCUAUACAUCAAGUUUCAACUCCGAUUUGCGAGCAAUGGAGGAGUCGAUGGCUGUGCAGCUGCAUGCUCUGCGGGAAGAGCAGCAUCGGCUCGAGCAACUCCUGGGCCACACUGCGCUCGGCACCUCCUUCGAGGCCGCCAACAUCCUUCACGGCCACGCGCAGGUUUCUGCGCAGCGACGGUGCGCGCAGGAGCUCAGCGUCCAAGGGACAGACACUGCAGAUGUCAACAGUACGGUGAUACCACCAAACGAUCCUACUGCAACAGUAGCCAACAGCGCUGCGGCCCAAGUUUUAGGACGAGCUCAGUGGUCGUACCAGGAUCGUUUAGCCGAGCUCGAAUCGCUAAAGAAGAAGUACGAGGAGUACGCGCGCGCCUCCAUGAGUCAGUACUUCAACUCCGUAGGCGAUUACCAAGGAUACAAGGAGCGGCGGGAGUCGAGGAUGAAGCACGUGCAGCCCUUCGCCUUCGAGUCGCGUGAACUAAUGAAGCCGCAGCGGAUACGCGAGCAGCGCGCUGAGGACGACCGCCGCUCACGAGAAGCGGCGCUGGAGGAGCGACGUCGCAAUCCUCUGAAGGCGAAGCCGGUGCCACCUUCCACUUUCAUGAACAAGUAUGCACUGAUGGUGGAGGAGUGGUGUCAGCGCAAGGCGGCCAUCGAGCUCAUGUCGCGUGAGCGCGCCCGGUUGGCGAAGGAGGAGGCUGAGUACGUUCGGCUCUCUGCGCAGAGCUUGCGCAAGACACGCGAGGAGCUCAUGGGCGUUGUGUACGGACCCGAUGGGAAGCCGGUCACGAAGCGUGAGCAGCAGCGUCGUCGUGCGCAGAGUGCCGAUGCGCGAAGUGGCUGUGCCGUGCACCACGUCCAUGCAGUGCCGCUCGAGGUCAAAAUGAAGUUGUGGCCUGCGCUCAGCGAUCACGAGCGGGUGCGGAGGGAGCGCCUCAAAUACAAAGCUGCGGUGCGGAAAGUGGAGGUCGAUGAAGAGGUCCGUCAGGUCCUGCCGCUGCUCACCAGCCCCACACCUCGCCGAUGCUACGACGCAGCGGCAGGUGUGAACGAGGCGCUGCUGCUGCUGGCUGCGGGUGGUGGCGUUGGUGUUGGUGGUGGGCCGUGCUACGGUAUUGGGCAGGCGAUUCAUCCGGCCAACGCAGCCGCUACCACUGCGGCAGAAGUGCAAGGAGUCGUGCCUGCAGUUCCUCCUCCAACGGCAGCAACGACGGCGGGGACGGCUCCCUCCGCCUCUCCGCUCGGGCUGCCGCCGUCGUCAACGGCUGCAAAUUCUGCUUCCCUGAUGGCACCACCGCCGGCUGCGCCGGUCCCAGCGCCGGUGCCUCUUCCUCCUCCCGGCGUAAGCGUGCCGCUGCCUCCGCCGCAGCUACCCGCUGUGCCCGCCCCAACCCCCAUACCAACGCCCGUACCACGGCUUCCGCCUGGCGCAGUGGCCCCGCUCUCCCUCGGACCCCACCAGUCCUUUUCGCUGCUCAGCAGCUCCAACGUCGUCGCGACCCCGCUGGGUCUCGGGGGAGGCGGUGCAGCAUCUGCGGUGCCUGCAGUUCCACCCCCACAACAACCGCCGGCUACUGCUGCUACUGUUGGUGCUGGUGCGUGGUCGCCGUCCUCCGCAUCACCGAUGAUUUCGAUCGUUCCGUCUUCCCUCGCCUCGCCCGCGUUUCCGGUGCCGCAGGAGGCGAUUGCAACGUUGCCGCCUCCCACCGCUGCGCCGCCGUCGCCAUCCGCGUCGAUGCGCACGCAGAUCCAUGAAAGUGCCACGUCGACAAUGGCCAUGUCGAAAUCUCCGCCAGCCUCCACGGCCACCGCACCACCCAACUCCAUUCCUCCUCUUCCUCCGCCAUCGCUUCCCCCGUCGGGUGCUCCACUGGCUCUCCAAACUUCUGCCGUUGCCACCAGCAGCACCGUCGCUGCGAGUCCAGCUGCCGCCUCCGCGCCCGCCGGUGCUCCAGGUGCGAUUCCGCCAGCAACGGCGACGGCGGCAGCUGCGACGCCGCCCCACAACGCGCAGGAGGGGAGAGAGGCCGUGUGGCGCCGCUUCAACCCGCAGCUGACCUUCAAGCCCCACGUGAAGCCCGGCGUGCCGAACUUCGAGGCCUUGUGGGCCAAGAACAAAGCGGAGCUGGCGGAGAAGAAGAAGGCACACCCCACUACCACGCCGAGGCCCUUCGACUUGACGCGGAGUGCAAAGGCGGAGAAGGUCGUGGGGCGCCGGCCCACACGCAGCGUUCGUAGCGUCGGGACGCCGGCACGCCAGCGGCCGACUUCUCGCGCUAAAAAAGCUCCCAGCACUGCCACCGCCACCUUAUCUACGGAUGCGGCCGGAGCUGCGGCGGCAACGAACACAGCCGCCCAGCGGGGUCCAUCGCCGCCGUCGCACAACGCAACUCGACAGCCACGGCAGUCCCCCAGCAGCGCCGCGCGUGGGACGCGUGGGCACGCGCUCCGCACCGAGGCCAUCUACUCCACCUACGUAAAGCAAUCGAAGGAUGAGGAUAAGGUCGCGGAGGAGGACGAGCAAUACUGGAAGGCCGUCGCGCAUCGGCGGCGCGAGGUGCGCCAGCGUCUGGCAGGCUAUAUCACCGAUCACCACCUCGAGCAUGAGCUGACGAUCAAGUCCAAGGUGCAGGCGCUGCGUGCGUCUAUGAAGGAGAACGAGAAAGCCGCUGAGGAGCGACUGACGGAGAUGAAGAGGCGGGUGGCGCAGAUGCCGCCCGUGUUUGCGGAGCCGGUGCACCUGCACGAGGAGUCAAAGGCUCGUGCGGCGGUGGAGCAGAGCAUCUUGAAAUCCCUGCAGGAUACCGGGCUUGACGGGGCUACCAUCAAAACUAUUUUGGCCGCUUCGGCAAGUGGCGCAGGAAGUACGGAGACAGGCGACGCCGCUGAAGCCACUGCUGGCAGUCCAGAAGAGGCCACAGCGGAGCAAGGCGCGAAGCCAACGACCGGCGAUGGGGCAGACGCACCGCACAGCCCGGCUAGUGCCCAAGGAAAGAGUUCACAGAAAGUGUCCGGGAAGAGUUCGAGCACUAGCAGCAGUGACAGCAGCAGCAGCAGCAGCAGCAGCAGUGACAGCAGUAGUAGUGACAGCGACUCGAGCAGCUCAAGCUCUCCUAAGAGGCGUUCCAGCGUACCUCCGCGCAGUACCUCGCUUUCUGUGUCUUCUGCUGCUUCUGUGCCGGUGCCGAAGUCGGUGACGCCGAAGAGAGGCGCCGAGUACAGCGAUGACAGCUUUGAGGAUUCGUCGGACAGCGACUAG